GCGAGCGAGCGAGCGAGCGAGCGCGCCGCGGCCCCACCUCCCUUUGCCACUGCGAGCCGUGGGCCCUCCUACCAGCCGCAGCAACCAGCCGGCGGCCGCAACUUCAGACGCACGCUGUGGCAGGCAGGGAGGCAGGCAGGCAGUCGGCUGGGCGGGCGGGUUGGCGCGGCUGCUCCGGCUUUGGAAGGGGGAGCGAAGGCAGCCAGCCAGGCAGCCGCGGCUCCGCGGAAGGACGGAGAGAGGCGCCCGCUAAGACUGGCGCGGAAAGGACCGGCUCCAGCUUGCUCUCCUCUCGCGCUUCCAUGCCGUGAGCUGCCCUGGUGCCAGGAGGCAGGACGCGAGUGCCCCCGAGAAAGCGCUGGCUGUGUGGAAGAAAAUGUCAGUCAGCAUGCAUGAGAAUCGCAAGUCUAGGGCCAGCACUGGCUCCAUAAACAUUUAUUUAUUCCACAAGUCUUCAUAUGCUGAUAGUGUCCUCACUCAUCUCAACCUCUUGCGUCAGCAACGUCUUUUUACAGAUGUGCUUCUUCAUGCAGGGAACAAAUCAUUCCCUUGCCAUAGAGCUGUUCUAGCAGCUUGCAGUCGCUAUUUUGAAGCCAUGUUCAGUGGAGGACUCAAAGAGAGUCAAGCCAGUGAAGUCAACUUCCAUAAUUCCAUCCACCCAGAGGUUCUGGAACUUCUCUUAGACUAUGCUUAUUCCUCAAGGGUCAUCAUCAAUGAAGAGAAUGCUGAGUCUCUUCUAGAGGCAGGUGACAUGUUAGAGUUCCAGGACAUUAGAGAUGCCUGUGCAGAAUUCCUCGAGAAAAACCUUCACCCCACAAAUUGUCUUGGCAUGCUGCUACUGUCAGAUGCUCACCAGUGCACCAAACUUUAUGAGCUCUCUUGGAGGAUGUGCCUUAGCAACUUCCAGACCAUCAGCAAAAGUGAAGAUUUUCUCCAGCUCCCCAAAGACAUGGUUGUACAACUUCUAUCUAGCGAAGAAUUAGAAACAGAAGAUGAGCGGUUAGUAUAUGAGUCAGCAAUGAACUGGAUUAACUAUGAUCUGAAUAAACGCCACUGCUACCUGCCAGAAUUGUUGCAGACUGUGAGACUUGCUCUUCUGCCAGCCAUCUACCUAAUGGAGAAUGUAGCAACGGAGGAGCUUAUCACAAAGCACAGGAAGAGCAAGGAGAUUGUAGAAGAAGCAAUAAGGUGCAAAUUGAAGAUUUUACAGAAUGAUGGAGUAGUCACCAGUUUGUGUGCGAGGCCUCGGAAAACAGGCCAUGCCCUAUUCCUUUUGGGAGGACAAACCUUUAUGUGUGACAAAUUGUACCUAGUUGACCAAAAAGCAAAGGAGAUCAUUCCAAAAGCUGACAUUCCAAGCCCAAGGAAAGAGUUCAGUGCUUGUGCUAUUGGGUGUAAAGUCUACAUUACUGGUGGCCGGGGAUCUGAAAACGGAGUCUCUAAAGAUGUAUGGGUAUACGAUACACUUCAUGAAGAGUGGUCCAAGGCUGCUCCCAUGCUAGUUGCUCGGUUUGGUCAUGGUUCUGCUGAACUCAAACAUUGUCUUUACGUUGUUGGAGGGCACACAGCAGCCACUGGUUGUCUUCCAGCUUCUCCUUCGGUGUCCUUAAAGCAAGUAGAACAGUAUGACCCUGUGACUAACAAAUGGACAAUGGUCGCUCCGCUUCGAGAGGGAGUAAGCAACGCAGCUGUAGUCAGUGCAAAGCUGAAGCUAUUUGCUUUUGGUGGUACCAGUGUUAGCCAUGAUAAGUUACCCAAAGUUCAAUGUUAUGACCUCUGCGAAAACAGAUGGACAGUACCAGCUACCUGCCCUCAGCCAUGGCGCUACACAGCUGCAGCUGUUCUGGGCAACCAGAUUUUUAUUAUGGGUGGAGACACCGAAUUUUCUGCAUGCUCAGCAUAUAAAUUCAACAGUGAAACUUACCAGUGGACUAAAGUAGGAGAUGUGACAGCUAAGAGGAUGAGCUGCCAUGCGGUAGCAUCUGGAAACAAGUUGUACGUUGUUGGGGGAUAUUUUGGCAUCCAGAGAUGCAAAACGCUCGAUUGCUAUGAUCCCACAUUAGAUGUGUGGAACAGCAUAACCACAGUGCCCUACUCACUAAUUCCCACGGCAUUUGUGAGCACAUGGAAGCAUCUCCCUUCGUAGCUGCAUGUGUGCCUAUCCAGUUCAUUCAAUUACUUGGUGAAGAAAUGUUGGAACCGACUGUGGAGAAGCAGUUAUUAAUGAAGAAAAACAAUUCGUUUGCUUGUGUGGUUUUGAGUUUGAAGAAAAACUUCUGCACCUUCUAAAUUCUUAAAGCUGGAAAUGAAGGAAUGGGAGGGGAAUACUGUCUUUGGUAUAUCAGCACAUGGUUUAACUAUGAAUGAAUGAACAUAUGAUCUGGUUUCUGUGUUAGUAAUUGUGGAUUAAUGUCAAAUUUAAUCAGCCCUUCAAGGCAGGGUGGGGGGUGGAGGAGGGGGGAAGCUCAAGUUUUCAGCGCUCCACAACCCAGCACAACUUUUGAUUUUCAUGGACUUUGCUGUUUGUGUGUGAGAUUUGCAAUGGUUGUCACCUCUCUUUGUGACCGUUUGACAUGUCAGCAGCAGCUGCAGAGGAACUGGGCCAGGUCUGGAGCAAUGAGAUGUGUCUUUAUGAAUGAAGAUGCAGUUGUAUCCCUGGCUACAGGGAUGAACUUGUUUUCCUAGGCAGUGCCUGGAGCAUCCGUACAAAUUGCUGAGCUGCAUUGAUGUGGCGAAUGACCUUCCACUUGCUAAAGAGGAGCAGCUCAUCAAUAAACAUUAAAAUAGAACUUCUUUUUGCAGCAUUUGUGGGUGAAGGCAAGUGACUCUUUCCCCCCAUGCAUUUGAUUUUUUCUUGUAUUUAUUAAUUAUGACUCUCCUACUCCUAAAUGGUUACUUGUUGUAGAUAGAGAUAUUUAUUGUUCAGUGCUUGCAUGCUAAAACAAUGCCUACAGUCGUCUUCAAGUUAUAAGGGCUUGCGUGAAUUAUAUGUUUUGCACAUUAUAUGAUCUCUGACUUGCUCUGCUGCACAAGAAAAAGGCUGAGUAAUUUUCAAGGAGGAUAGAAAGAGGUAGGGGUCAGAAAUGGAAGGAUUACAAGGUAGAAUUACCUUGCUACCUUGUAAUCAAGGUAAUCCGGUUGGAUUACUGUAACACGCUCUACGUGGGGAUGCUCUUAAAGACGGUCCAGAUACUUCAUUUGUUUCAGAACAGAGCCACCAGAUUGCUGUUGGGGGCAUGUCGCUAUUCUCAUAUAAUGCCGGUGGCUUCCAAUUGAAGCCUGGGCCCAAUUUAAGGUAUUGGUAUUGACCUAUAAAGCCCUAAACGGCUUGGGACCAGAAUACCUAAAGGAAUGCCUUUUUCCCU